AUGUCGACCAUUACUAGGACAUUACGGAACUUGUGGAAAAUUGGGAUCAAGGAUUAUGGCCACCAACUUCAUUAUAUCGGUACGUUUGUUAUUCAUGGUGAUACUAAGGCCGGCACCCUCGUAGCCAUCGAUCGUUACGGGAACAAAUAUUUUGAAAACAACGAAGAACUGCCUCUUCGAACUCGAUGGGUUGACUACAAGGAGAAUGAUCUUGAUGCCUCGCAUAUCGACCCUGGAUGGCACGCUUGGAUCUCGUACAUGGUUGACAAACCACCAACGCAAGAUGCAAUCAUACAAACCGGUGUACGAAAAUGGGAGACCCCAGAACAUAGGCCCAACAUGACCAUGACUCGGGCUGCAUACAAACCAUACUCAACUGUAAAACCAAAAUACUCUGCCUGGGAACCAGUUGCUGCGCCCCGAUAA